AAAUCGUUGUGGAAUAUUUAUAUUUUGCUUAUAUUUAUAUUUUUUUAUUUUGAAAGACAAUAUAUAAAAAAAUUCCGAAAUAAUAAAUUUUGUCGGCCGGAAAAUAUUUUUAUUUCCAAUUUUGUUCGUAAGAGGGAGUCGAAGCUCAGAAGCUAACGACGAAAUGGAAGGAAAUCCAGAGAAGACAAAUGCCAGUGAGAACAACAAUAUAUCAGAGACAGUACCAGUAUUAAGAGAAAAUUUGGUAAAUACUGCUGUUCAUUUUUUAAGAAAUUCAAAAGUGAGAUCUAGUCCACUUUCUCAGAAAAGAGCAUUUUUAUUGAAAAAAGGUCUAACAAAUGAAGAAAUAGAUAAUGCAAUAGAAAGAGCUAACAUACCUAAAGACUUACAAUUAGUUCCACAAGAUAGUAAUAUAUCAAAUUUAAAUUCUCCAGUUUCUUCCAGUUGGACAAAAUUAAAAGAUGUUUGGUCUUCAAUAGUUAUAGUAGGAAUUACCUUUUAUGGUGCUUAUAAAUUAUAUAAGAAUUUUAUUGAACCUAAACUGUUUGUAGUAACUCCAAAAGAGAACAAAUUAGCAAAUAUUGAGACACAAUUAGCAGAAUUAAAUGAAUCACUUUCUAGUCUGAAAAAUUCAUUAUUAAAUGUCCAAGAUUCAUUGUCACAACAGCAGCAGCAGAUAAAAGCUAUGAAAGAGGAAUUUAAUCAAGAAUCAAUCCUCCCUACAAUUAAGAAUGAAGUAGCAUCAAUUAAGUCAAUAUUACUAAGUAGGCAUCAGUUUCCUACUUCUCGAGUAACAAAUCCUAGUAUACCAUCUUGGCAGAUGGUAGAAAACGAUCCACAAAAUAAUAUUACAGCGGUUAGUAUAUCCGAAGUAGAUCCGUCGACAGUGAUGUCUACAUUAACUUUGACAAGCGAGAGUAGUACCGAAAUAAUAGAAAGUCCCGAAAACGAGAAAGUCGAAACUACCGAAUAAUGAGCAAUAAAAGGAAUAACCAUCCAGAAGUUGGCUUCUACAAUACUCUAGAUUUUAUUAAUUCAUUCCUAAGUUGUGUAAUUCUAUUACAUAAUAUGAUAAUUACAUUUUAUUAAAAAAUAAUUUAUAAAUUUUUA